GCGAUGCAGCAAUCUGCUGCCACUGGCCUGUGCAUCGACACAGUGGACUGAAAGCAAAUGCUGACCUACAUGUAUUCACAUCGCACAGGAAUAUCACCACCGAAGUUCCUACCAUUUGCCUUAGAAGAUCGAGGAUGACAGAUAAUGUAUGGCAUCAACGAGACUGUUGCUUUUGAUGUCACCCAGUCGCACUGACCCCUUCACGUCAAGGUUGACGUGCUGGCCGAGACGAGUAUUGAGAUCAUCACCGCUGCUCCGUCCCAUUGCGCACUGUGGAAGGCACUGUCGACACCAGAAGACUGGUCGUUGAAAAAUCGUGUAAUACAUCCGCUCCGCGCUUCGUUACUCGACGCCACUUCCUUGCCAUGAGCCCCCACCAAUCUCCCUCCACACAGCAGAUAUUGCCCGGUUACCCCGCAGCCCUACCUUGUCUCAACAAGUGCUUGUGCUAUUGGAGCCGGUCGAACAGCCGCUUUAGCCACUUGCUUGUCUUUCAUAGCCCAAAGUCACUGCUUGGCGUCUUCGUCAUUGCCGCAGCAUUUCUCUUUCCGUCAAGUGCCUCUGGGUCACAAUGGGUGUUGACCCAGUGCAAAUGCGCGCCCUGGAGACUCUUCCGACCAAGAAUCAGCCCACAGACGUGUGCGAGCAACAGCCACAGGACAGCGGCAACUGCUUCAAAGCCGUGACACCAGCGCCGCCGUCGUUCAACAAGUGGCUGGCUAAGGCUCUCGCCGAGGAAGAAGCGGCCAGCAAGAUCCAGCGCUUCUUGCGGUACUGUCUCAAGCUGCGGCAAUCUGGCAACGUUUCGGUGCAGCGUACGGCGUCGACGACAUCCUCGCUCGACUCGCUUCCCGCGCCGGUGGAGCAGGAUGAGGAUCAUCUGCAGUACGAGAUUUUACUCUGGUACGGCUCUAGUCUCGGCUCGGUGGGCUUCGUGUCGUGCGAUAUUACAGGUUAUCCGUGUGUUGAAGUGGCCGAGGGCAACGACUCAUUGCCCGGGAUGUGGAAUCUCCGCGAAGGCGAUUUCCUUAUUUCCAUCAACGAGCGCAGCACCAGACGCUCCUCUGUGCCGUUUGACGCGGUCAUGCAGAUCUUGGACAGCGGCGUGCGACCGGCCGUGCUACGCUUUCGAAGGCCGGCGUCGCAUGAGCUGCAGAGUCUCACAAAGAGACCUCGGCGGCCGUCAAUGACCGCUCGUACGGACCGACAGAAGAGUCGAGAGCGGCUGGAGCGGUCCUUGAGCUACAUCAUCUGGAGAGAAGACGACGGCCCGCUUGGAAUUAGCUUGAAGCCUGAGAAGGGCAAGUCGUACCCGGUGGUUCAGGACAUGAACACGUCUGGCGUAGUGAGCUGCGGUGGCAAGCACAACAAAGUAAGUGUGGGAGAUCAACUGUUGACCAUUAACCACUACGACGUCUUCCGCUUGGGUUUCGAGAAAAUGUGCCAGGUCAUGAAGGUUGCCCCCAAACCACUCGUGCUCACGUUUCGUCGAACGUCACCGGAACCGAAGGAGCCUCGCUGUCUCGACCUGUGAGAGAUCGUUUCCAUCUCUCUUCAUGCUCUCUGCCUUUGUGCCUGUUGCCGCUCGAGCAGUUGAGCGAUGUCUGUGUCAGUCCUUCUUGUUGCAUGUGCCGUGACUUUCACGCAUUAUUUAUCACAAAACUAAAGCCCAAAAUCCAUGAUCUUUGCAAGCUUUUCAAUAAUUAGUGGCUCCAAUGGCCUUAGUAACUAGCUCUACUUUGUUGAUGAAGGCAAG